UUGUGAACAUGUUGAAAUCAAGAAACAAGAGCAAAAGCAAACAAGAGAAGAAGUCACAAGAAGGGAAGUACCUUGGAGUGAGGAGACGUCCAUGGGGAAGGUAUGCAGCUGAAAUCAGAAACCCUACUACAAAAGAAAGACAUUGGCUUGGAACAUUUGAUACAGCCGAAGAAGCUGCUUUAGCAUAUGAUGUUGCUGCUCGAUCCAUCAGUGGCUCUUUAGCUAAAACCAACUUCUUCUACACUGAAAACAGCUCUUCACAAACACAACCACAGCAGUUGUCACAGUCAUCAUCAGACAAAGGUUCUGUUAAUCCCACCAUUGUGUCUUUGGAACCUGAUAUGAGUUUGGAAUCUUCUAAUCUCAGUUUUCUUCAAGAUCAGCCACCAGAAAACCACCGUUUUUGUGCUGCUCCUAUCACUUCUUGUUUGCAAGAACAACAGUUUUUGGCUAAUCUCACUAACAGUUUCCCACAUUGUUAUGAUGAUGAUCAUGUUGGUCAAAGCAAAGAGGUUUCCUUACCUUCUUUUCCCAGUGAUAUGUCAAGCAGUUUGUUUGGUUACCAGGACAACACCGGUGAACAGGGCGAUGCAGAACAGAUGAAGAUUGGUUCGGUUCUCAGCAAUGAUUCACAUUGCUUUAAGUAUGACUACACCGCAACUUAUGUUCAGAGUUUUCUCAAAGAUGUCAAUGAAGAUCCUCAUCAGAUGUUUGGAACCUCUUCUCCUUCUUUUAUCUGA